UGGCAUGCAAUGUUUACGGUCUCCAUGUGAAUGGGCGCGUUGUUCCUUGUGGGGAGGUGGCCCUGCCUGGCACUGAGAUUCCCGCAGGCAGGCACUGAGGGGCCGUGCCAGUGGUGGACAGACAGUUGCAUAUCAAGGGACACCGUCACCUCACGCCCGGAACUUGGCGUGCUCCAGCCACAAUCAAGAGGGGAACGCAAAAUGAGUAAUCCAGCCAGUGAGUUAGAGAGGCCAGGAACCAACUCCUCUAAUCGUCAAGCUUGGGGUCAGGAUGGGCGGGGUGGCGGCGGCGGGACAGGAGCGGCCGUGGUGGACACCUAUGAGUAUGAUGACGGCGAGGAAAUCCGCAAGAAAGGAUGCUGGUACAAGUUUUCCACCUUCGUGUCCCGUAUAUGGGCCACGAGACAGAUGACGAAGAGAGAAGAUCGAGAAGUUUACGUAAGGACAACCCUAAGAGAACUUCUAGUCUAUGCUAUAUUCCUCGUCGACCUCUGUAUCAUAACGUUUGGCAUGACCUCGCCCACCAUGUACUACUACACGAAGGUUCUGAGCGAGCUGUUCCUGGAUGCGCCCUACCCAGACACUAAGAACACCUUCAGAGGCUCCACUCAGGUCCUCGACUUCUGGCGGUUUUCAGAGAAUGUUUUGCUGGAUGGUCUGUACUGGGAACACUGGUAUGACGUAAGUGCCACCAACACCACUAAGGACGACCGCAACAUUUUGUAUGAAAACCGUCUGUUAGGCGUCCCCAGAAUCAGACAGUUACGAGUCCACAAUGAGUCCUGUGAAAUACCCCAAGACUUCCAGCGAGUCAUCCGACAGUGUUACAGCGAGUACUCACCGGCAAAUGAAGACCACUCAGAAUUCAGUCCCAAUGGAGAAAAUACAACAGCGUGGAAGUAUUUCUCGGAGAAGCAGCUCAAUGGAUCUGUUCAUUGGGGGAAGAUUGCACACUACUCAGGGGCUGGCAGCUAUGUGGACCUUGGUUCCAAUAAGACAACGACAAAAAACAUUCUGGCUGAUCUGCGUGAUAAGUUGUGGAUUCAGAGAGGCACUCGAGCUGUGUUCUAUGACUUUACUGUUUACAAUGCCAACAUUAACCUGUUCUGUGUUAUCAAGCUAGUGUUUGAGUUUCCAGCCACAGGUGGUGUCAUACCCUCAUGGGAGUUCAGAACGGUAAAGCUCUUACGCUACGUUACUCCAAACGACUUCUUUGUGUUGGCGUGUGAGUGCAUCUUUGUGUUCUUCAUCCUGUACUACAUCAUUGAGGAGGCCAUAGAGAUCAAAGCACUCAAGUGGUCAUACUUCAAGAGCACCUGGAACAUUCUUGACCUGCUUGUCAUUGGGAUUUCACUUUUGUGCAUUGGCUUCAAUGUCUUCUGUUUCUUCACCAUCAGCAGCAAACUGCAGGAAUUAUUGGAAGACCCAAACAUCUUUGCAGAUUUUGAGUUCUUAGGUUAUUGGCAAAUACAGUUUAACAAUGCUGUUGCUGUUUGUGUCUUCUUUGCUUGGUUUAAGCUCUUCAAGUAUAUAUCUUUCAACAAGACGAUGACACAGCUCUCCUCCACAUUGUCAAGGUGUGCCAUGGACAUAGCUGGGUUUGCCAUCAUGUUCUUCAUCGUAUUCUUUGCCUUCGCGCAGCUGGGAUAUCUUCUUUUUGGCACACAGGUACGUGACUUUAGAAAAUUCAUAGAUGCUGUCUUCACACUGCUUCGGACAAUCUUAGGUGACUUCAACUUCCAUGAGAUAGAGGAAGCCAACAGAGUCUUGGGGCCAAUUUUCUUCAUCUGUUAUGUCUUCUUCGUGUACUUUGUGCUGCUGAACAUGUUCCUGGCUAUCAUCAAUGACACAUAUUCAGAGGUCAAGAUUGAAAUUGCUAACCAGCGCAAUGAAUUUGAGAUUGCUGACUACUUCAAGCGAGGCUAUAACAACAUGAUGGGCAAGCUGGGACGCAGGGACAAGAUUGUAGAUAUCCAGAAUGCCCUCAAGCUCUCUGAUGCCAAUGGAGACGGGAUGCUGACCUUUGAUGAGAUCCGAGCUAAUCUAAAAAAAUGCAACUUUUCUGACAUGGAGAUUGAGAUGUUCUUUGCCAAGUAUGACACAGAUGGCAGCCGCUUGCUUGAGCAGGAUGAGGUCAGAAAGAUGCUCAGUGAUCUUGAAGGGCAGAAAGUUGAACUAGAAACAAGCAAAUCUGAAGGGGACAAGCAAAUCAAGAAUGAAGACCGACCAAGCAGUGGCAAAGCCAGCGGGGAAAGUGAGACCCGGCCAGCAUCAGCUUCUUCAGGCCAUGGUUCAAUCACCUCUGUGUCAUUUGAAGAAUUCUCUGUGCUGCAGCGUCGCGUGGACCGGCUGGAACACAGCAUUGGCAGCAUUGUGAGUAAGAUUGACGCCGUUCUGGUGAAGCUCGAUCACAUGGAGAAAAACAAACACAAGCGCAAGGAGACGAUGGGCAAGCUGCUGGACACAAUCACUGAGAACGACGACAUGGAUGACACCACCAAAAGGAAGCACAUGGAGCAGAUGGUGCGAGAUGAACUGGAUAAGUGGGAUGGUGAAUCAAGUCCUUCUAUGAGUCACAAAUAAGAUUGGGUGGAAUUUCUUUGCUGGAGAGAUCUGACAAACAAUUAAGUACUCCUAGCGAGAAGUGCUUUACUUAGUGACUAUGUGUGAUUGAUAUUUCAGUAGUACAGUGUGAGUCUGCGUGUGUGUAUAUAAUUGAGGUUAUGAAUUGCACUUUUACCAAUGUCUCCUUUAAUUUAUGAAAGCCUGAAGGCAAUUAGAUUUUUUCUUUUAAAUCAUACAUUACGUCGAGUUGGUUUUGUUUUAACGGGUUAUGCGUGGUGAAGGUGGUGCAUCGUGUGAUGGCAGCGAAUGGUGAAUGACUUGAUAGCAGCAGGAUCGUUUCGCCCAGUGCUUCGCUCCCUGCCUGUCACCACGUAGCGAGGGUUCAGGCAUCGUCGGAAACAUUAAUGGUUAUGUGUUCGUUCAGCAAGAAUACUUACAGCUGUUAGUUAUAUUAUCAUUGAACUCUUAUGUUAUUGUGUCAGGGAUCUUAGAGUUAUGAUUAAUUGAUAAGGACAUGUGAUUUACACUUGUUUUGAGUGUUACUACAUUUAUGUUGUAAUUGUUGAGCAACUGUGAUAGUAAAAUACACGAGUACAAUGGUGUGUGUGUGUGUGUGUGUAUAUAUAUAUAUAUAUAUAUAUAUAUAUAUAUAUAUAUAUAUAUAUAUAUAUAUAUAUAUAUAUAUAAUAUUCUAUGGCCUUAUAAGUGAGUCAAGCAAUAUACUAAGAAAUAUCGAGGGAGUGGAGUGGAAUGCCUUACGCACGUCUGUAAUCAGUCAUUGGCUGGUCCAGUUCACUUGGCGCUGUAGCUUCGUAGUUUUUGGGCGCAGCCCUUCCGUCACACAGCUUGGUCAGUGCGACUCCUUGAGAGUAAUUGUGCAUUUUGAAGGUUGGCAGUUCAGUAUUAAUAAAACUAAAGUGAACUACC